GAUGUGAACACGAGUUCGGGUUCAGUGAGGGGUCAGACACUCCAUGUCUUGAAUCGCUCUAUACAUCAAUUCUUGAAUAUACCCUACGCUGAGCCCCCUUUAGGCCCACUCAGGUUCGCACCUCCACUACCCCUCGAAGAGCCCAAACAAGGUAUAAUCGAUGGCACAAAACCCGGCAAUUAUUGCAUUCAAAGUAUGAUGGCAUUUGCCAACGAUGUAUCAAACCCUACGGCUAGUGAAGACUGUUUGGUAUUGAAUAUAUGGACACCAAAUGUAGACAAUAGUAAUGAUAAUCACCAAAAAGUGGGUCUAAAACCAGUCAUGUUCUCUAUAUAUGGCGGGGCACUGAGUAUGGGAUCAAUAUUUCAAGACUUUUACAACUCUUCAGUGUUGGCCACUAAUGAUGUGGUUGUGGUUGCGGUUAACUAUAGGGUCGGGCCGUUGGGGUUCCUCUACGGCGGCGAUCAGACAGCACCCGGAAAUGCGGGCUUUUAUGACCAGCUAUUAGGACUUAAAUGGGUUAGAGAAAACAUACAUAAGUUUGGCGGAGAUAAGGACCAGAUCACUAUAUUUGGUGUGAGUGCCGGCAGUUGGUCCGUAUCGGCACAUAUGUUGUCUCCGCUAUCGAAAGGCCUUUUUAAGAGGGCUAUUAUGCAGAGCGGGUCCGUUAUGUAUAACAAAGAUCGUCCGGCGCUGAGCACUGUUGAGGGCCUCCAAAGGGCCAAACAAUUGGCAAAGAAAUUAAAUUGCGAUGAAUUUGACUACAAAUGGUUGGACUGUUUGCGUGCAAUCGACGACCCGAACCUGUUUAUUGAGAAACCAGAUUUUGGUGUAUUUUCUAUGACACACGCCGUGUUUGGCACAAAGUUUUUACCAGUGUUACCACAAAAAGCAUUUUCAACCGGGUUAUUUAAUAGUGAUGUAGAGCUAAUGACCGGUGCGACUAAAGACGAGGGCCUAUCUCUAGCCAUGAUGUUAUACCCGGAAAUGUCAACCGAUAUGACUGAACACCAGUUGCGGGAACUUGUGGUCAAAUUGAGUGACGAAUACCGCAACAUAGAUGUGGACAAAGUGUGCGAUCAUUACCUCAAA